UCUCACUGGGUUGCAGUUCCCCGGCCCAACCGGAAAGGCCGAGGUUGCUGUUGUGACCUCUUGGCCGCCGGCCACAGUGCAACUCCUAGUGGCCCUCUCCUUCUCUAAAGAAGUAGGAACUUUGCCCCAGCACUUGAUCAACUGCCACUCGCCAGGGUGGAGUCUGCUGCCUUUGUUUGUUCUCGGUGGGGCCUGCUCAGGAAUCAGCUCUGUGCUCGCAGGAAGUUUGAAAGGCUCUGAGUGCAGAACUGGGUGGUAGACGGUGCCAGAGGGUAUGUCCCAGGGUAGUUCCGGUGGGACUGGUACACGACUGAAUGCAGUGUGAAGUGAGGGGGGCCUUCUCCCUCCUCCCCUUCCUCUGAGCCACCUUCCUCUUUCCCUGUCCUGCGGCGGCUCCGCCCCGUACCUUCAUGGACGACUCAGAGGUGGAGUCGACCGCCAGCAUCUUGGCCUCUGUGAAGGAGCAGGAGGCCCAGUUUGAGAAGCUGACCCGGGCGCUGGAGGAGGAGCGGCGCCACGUCUCGGCGCAGCUGGAGCGCGUCCGGGUCUCGCCCCAGGAUGCCAACCCUCUCCUGGCCAACGGUACCCUCACCCGCCGGCAUCAGAAUGGCCGGUUUGGGGGCGAUGCUGACCUUGAGAGGCAGAAACUGUCAGAUCUGAAGCUCAGUGGACCCCAGGAUCACAGUCACCUUCUGUACGGCACCAUCCCCAGGAUGCAGGAGCCCGGGCAGAUCGUGGAGACCUACACGGAGGAGGACCCCGAGGGAGCCAUGUCGGUGGUCUCUGUGGAGACCUCUGACGACGGGACCACGCGCCGCACGGAGACCAUGGUGAAGAAAGUAGUCAAGACUGUGACAACAAGGACAGUACAGCCAGUCCCUGUGGGACCAGAUGGGCUGCCUGUGGAUGCCUCGUCGGUUUCUAACAACUACAUCCAGACUCUGGGCCGCGACUUCCGCAAGAACGGCAACGGGGGGCCGGGUCCCUAUGUGGGGCAGGCGGGCACUGCUACCCUCCCUCGGAACUUCCACUACCCUCCUGAUGGGUACAGCUGCCACUACGAAGACGGCUAUCCAGGUGGCCCUGACAGCUACGGCAGUCUGUCCCGGGUGACCCGCAUUGAGGAGCGCUACCGGCCCAGCAUGGAGGGCUACCGGGCGCCCAGUAGGCAGGACGUCUACGGGCCCCAGCCCCAGGUGCGGGUGGGUGGAAGCAGUGUGGACCUGCACCGCUUCCACCCUGAGCCCUAUGGGCUGGAGGACGACCAGCGCAGCAUGGGCUAUGACGACCUGGACUACGGCAUGAUGUCGGACUACGGCACUGCCCGCCGCACUGGGACGCCCUCCGACCCUCGCCGCCGCCUCCGGAGCUAUGAAGACAUGAUUGGUGAGGAGGUACCAUCAGACCAGUGCUACUGGGCUCCUCUGGCCCAGCACGAGCGAGGAAGCCUGGCGAGCCUGGACAGCCUGCGCAAGGGAGGCCUGCCGCCCCCGAACUGGAGGCAGCCUGAGCUGCCCGAGGUGAUCGCCAUGCUGGGCUUCCGCCUGGACGCCGUCAAGUCCAAUGCGGCUGCGUACCUGCAGCACCUGUGCUACCGCAAUGACAAGGUGAAGACCGACGUGCGGAAGCUGAAGGGCAUCCCAGUGCUGGUGGGUUUGUUAGACCACCCCAAAAAGGAGGUGCACCUCGGAGCCUGUGGCGCUCUCAAGAAUAUCUCUUUUGGACGGGACCAAGAUAACAAGAUUGCCAUAAAAAACUGUGAUGGUGUUCCUGCCCUUGUGCGGUUGCUGCGAAAAGCUCGAGACAUGGACCUGACGGAAGUCAUUACUGGAACCCUGUGGAACCUCUCGUCCCAUGACUCUAUCAAGAUGGAGAUCGUGGACCAUGCCCUGCACGCCCUGACGGAUGAAGUGAUCAUCCCGCAUUCCGGCUGGGAGAGGGAGCCGAGUGAGGACUGUAAGCCUCGCCACAUCGAGUGGGAGUCAGUGCUCACCAACACUGCUGGCUGCCUCAGGAACGUAAGUUCCGAGAGGAGUGAAGCCCGCCGGAAGCUUCGGGAAUGUGAUGGCCUAGUUGAUGCCCUCAUUUUCAUUGUUCAGGCUGAGAUUGGGCAGAAGGAUUCAGACAGCAAGCUCGUGGAGAACUGCGUCUGCCUCCUGCGGAACUUAUCCUACCAAGUUCACCGGGAGAUCCCACAGGCCGAGCGCUACCAGGAGGCCCCUCCCGCUGUUGCCAACAACGCCGGACCCCACGCGGCCAGCUGCUUCGGCGCCAAGAAGGGCAAAGAUGAGUGGUUCUCCAGAGGGAAGAAACCCACAGAGGAUCCAGCGAAUGAUACAGUGGACUUCCCUAAAAGAACCAGUCCUGCUCGAGGCUAUGAGCUCCUGUUUCAGCCAGAGGUGGUCCGGAUAUACAUCUCACUCCUCAAGGAAAGCAAGACUCCUGCCAUCCUGGAAGCCUCCGCUGGAGCCAUUCAGAACUUAUGUGCCGGGCGCUGGACAUAUGGCCGAUACAUCCGCUCUGCCCUGCGUCAGGAGAAGGCGCUCUCGGCCAUCGCUGAUCUCCUGACCAAUGAGCACGAGCGCGUGGUGAAAGCGGCCUCCGGAGCGCUAAGGAAUCUGGCUGUGGACGCUCGUAACAAAGAGCUCAUCGGUAAACAUGCUAUUCCUAAUCUGGUGAAGAACCUGCCAGGGGGCCAGCAGAGCUCCUCCUGGAAUUUCUCUGAGGACACUGUCGUCUCUAUUUUGAACACCAUCAAUGAAGUUAUUGCCGAGAACUUGGAGGCUGCCAAAAAGCUUCGUGAGACACAGGGCAUUGAGAAGCUGGUGUUGAUCAACAAAUCAGGGAAUCGCUCAGAAAAAGAAGUCCGAGCAGCAGCGCUGGUACUGCAGACCAUCUGGGGAUACAAGGAGCUGAGGAAGCCGCUGGAGAAAGAAGGGUGGAAAAAGUCAGACUUUCAGGUGAACCUCAACAGUGCCCCGCGGAGCCAGAGCAGCCACUCCUAUGAUGACACCACGCUGCCCCUCAUCGACCGCAGCCAGAAGCUAGAUAAGAAACCUGACCGGGAAGAAAUUCAAAUGAGCAAUAUGGGAUCAAACACAAAAUCAAUAGAUAACAACUAUGCUACACUGAACGAGAGAGACCACAACAGAACACUGGAUCGAAGUGGGGACCUGGGCGACCUGGAGCCGCUGAAGGGAACACCCUUGAUGCAGGACGAGGGGCAGGAGUCUCUGGAGGAAGAGUUGGAUGUGUUGGUUUUGGAUGAUGAGGGGGACCAGGUGUCUUACCCCUCCAUGCAGAAGAUUUAGCACCACUAUCUCCGCUCCGUCUGGGCUUAUAAUAUAAUGUACUUUUAUUUUUUGGUGGUGAAAUGGACUGAUUUUUUCCUUUCUUCGCUGGACUGUUGUGCCAACUGCCAGGCUGCCUCCUGCCCUCACAGCCCCCAGUGGUGGCUGCCUUCAUUCCACCGACUCCCGACUUCUCACGGUGAAGUUGAAUCGUCCUGCCCACCCCCACUCAGCCUCCGGUUCCUGCCGAGAAACCUGACUGUGGUGUGCGAAUCACAUGGAGAAACUGCUGCAGAUGAGCUUCCGGCCGGCUCUCCGGGAACUCGGCCUUGUGUGGGGGAGAGGGAGGAGUGGGAAUCUUCACUGGAAGCCACGGAGCACCGGAAGCUCCGCGCCGUAUAUGCAAUGUCCAGCGAUCUGCUACACUGAUGGUUCUUAAUCAAAAUCAUUUUUCCUGGUGGGGAAGGGACCUUUUAUUUUCUUUUGGAGAAUGGGAAGCGUGAGUUCUUCCUUACUCCAGUGGCUAGCUUGCGGCAAGAAGGCUGACAAGUUUGGCACAUUCCGCCUGCCGAGGCCGGGGCGUAGCAGAAGGUCCCCUGGCACUAGGAUUGGAAACGCUUGCUGCUCUCAUCUCCGAGGCAGGGACCGCAAGGACCUACAGACUCAGCUCAUCGGUGAGCCUCAUGCCAACCCUGGGCCACAGCCUCUGGGCCGCCUCCACCCUGUGAUGAGUCCGCUGGCCAGGCCUGGCCGCCUGCAGGAGGCUGUGUGAAGGUGAGGACGUCGAAGAAGACUGGUGGAGAAGGCGCGGAACACGUCUUUCGGGAAGAAGAAGAGCCUCUGGGAGGAGCGGGAAGGGAUGUACAAGCAGCGGUCAGUCUGAAACUGGCAGGAAGCUUCCGAGCGGCUUCCCCGACCCCGUUCCCCUCUUCCCGCCCUCACGAGCCUGUCCUCCAGCCUCCUGGAUUGGUUGGCACCUGCAGGACUUGAUGUACAUAACUCCUGUUCCUCCCUUUCAAGGCGGCGAUUGCCCCGGCUUUGCCUCCUCUCUGUGCCUUUGGCCUGGGUGCAUCUCCUCCCUCCCUCCCAUGUGCCUUCCUUUGCCUCUGCAGUCAUUUCUCAUGAUUUUGCAAGUUACUUUGUUGCUUUCUUACCCACUGUUGGCCCUCAACAGCAGGAAGAAGAGGAGAGAGGACUAGAGAACCUCAGGUUCUUUCCCAGGGGCUGGUUAGCUCUGAUCUCUGCCAUGGCAGGCUCUUCUUGACAGUGCGGGGCUGGGACUUUGUGAAAGUCUCAUCUUAAUGGGUCUCACAGUGUGGUUGGCAGAGGGGGGAGAGGUGUGGCCCUUACUCCUUUGUCGCCAGUGUUCGCCAACCCUGGGGAAGGGGUCCUAGGGACAUGGCGUUCCCGCCCCGCCCCCUCUCGCUCUCAUGUGUAUUAGCGGGUUGGCCAGAGGAACCAGAUGCUAUAUGGGUUGAUAAUUUUUCUUUUAACUGUUUUUCUUACUUGCCUUCUACUCCCCUUAAUCUGAAAGCUCUGUUCAGUGCAACUGGAAUCUUCCCUCCCUCUUCCCUUCCCCUGCAUAGUGAGGCUCUGGGGUAGGAGAAAUGUGCACAGCCCUCCAGCGCCUCCCCAGGCACUGCGACUCCUCCUUCACCUUCCCUCCCACCUCUUCCCACUCUGCCCACCUUUCCUGGCCAGAAGGAGCCUUUUGCUGCCCGUGACCUCAGAGCUCAGUGCACAGGGGAACUGCCCCAGCUGGCCCUGGCCCCACGCUUAGUUCCUCUCGUCCUCCUCGCUCUUCCUGGUGCUCUCUCUUCUCGGUGCGGUGUGGGUCAUAGAAUAGCCAUGGGCUUUGGGGGACCUGUAGCUGUUUCUGUUUUGCCAUUUUCAUUUAUAAACACUAAACAUUCAACUCCAGAGAACCAAAAAUCCCACCUUCCCACCGGAUACUACUCGGGGCGUGUCUUCUGCCCCAUUACAUUUGCUCCUUUUCUUUCUCUCAAUGCUUUUAAAAAAAAUGAGUUUUUAUAUAAAUAAAGUUUUUAAAGUGUG